AUAACACACGCAGCGUUGCGGUGAAGAAGCCAGCAUGUACAACACAAGGGCAUGCACUUGGUAAUAAAUGAUAUUUUAUAAUUAUUGUAUUUGUAUUAAGCAUCCGGUUCGUCUUACUCAUAAGCUAUGAUUUAAGUAGCUGGUGUUCUGUGCUGCUCCAUUGCGUUACUGUAUAUCAUAUCAGUUUCGUAUAAAGUUCACUAGCAGAAAAGUAAGUGUACUGUAGUAAUGGCAAAUCCAGCACAUAUAUCCGCGGUUCGGACUUUGUAUAAGAAAAUCCUGGUGCUUCACCGAUUUCUGCCCAUUGACCUGCGGGCUCUGGGCGACCAGUAUGUGAAGGAUGAGUUCAGGAGACACAAGACUUCUUCAGAUGAAGAGGCCAAACACUUCAUGGCGGAAUGGCAGAACUACAAAGACACCUUACAGACGCAGGUGCUAGAAGCAAUGGGAAACAAGAAGCUGGUGUUUGGAGCUGAUUUAUCGGAAGACAAACUCAAACACUUUCAAGAGGAGCAGAUUGGGCAGCUUUACGAGCUUAUGCUCGAGUCCACAAAACCCAACCGACAGUUUGAUAUUCAAGAGGAGGGAACGCCAAAGUAAGGGAAAAGAAAGGUGCUUUAUCUCCUCUCCAAGGGGAAUGGGAAGUCAUCCCAUUGGGACAUAUUUUGAUUUAUUUAAGUACUUUUCAUCAUAGCUAAGACUGAAGGUUACAAUAAAGUCCAUGUGAAAUCAAAA